AUGAGAAUUGUCAUCUUGGGAAAAACUGGAGCUGGGAAAAGCAGCUUGGCAAACACCACAUUUGGAGAGGAUGUGUUCAGGGUUUACGAUUCUUCAAACUCUGGAACAAGAGAGUGCAAAGCAGUGACCAAUACUAUCAAUGGAAGAAACAUCACUUUGAUCGACACUCCUGGUUUGUUUGACACAAAUAGAUCAGAGGAGGAGAUGAAGCCUGCGAUAUUGAAGUGUCUCAUGGAGUGCGCUCCUGGGCCUCAUGCUUUUCUCAUUGUGCUCAAAGUGGAGAAAUUCACAGAGCAGGAGAAGGCUGUCAUCGAUAAAAUUAGCAAACACUUUGGGGAAAAAGUAUUUAGAUAUUCGACAAUUGUCUUUACUCAUGGAGACCAGCUCUCUGAUGGAAAGACCAUUAAGGAUUUUGUUUACCAGAAUGAGCUUAUGCGUGACCUGGUGAAGAAGUGUGGUGAUCGGUGCCACGUCAUUGAUAAUAAAUACUGGAAGGACAAACCACAGGGCGAAUACAGGAGCAACAAGUUCCAGGUGGCUCAGCUACUCAACACAAUUGACAAGAUGGUGGAAAACAACGGAGGCUACUACACCAAUGAGAUGCUUCAGAGAGUGAAGGAAAUAAAACAGCAAGAAGGGGAGAACAUCAGACAGUCAUCACCAAACAUGACAAAGGAAGAGAUCAGAGAGCAGGCUAAAGUCAGUGUGUUUAGGAGGAUGUGGAGCAAAGUGGGAAAUAUUGGAGUUUCAUUUCUGGGAGGUCUGUUUGGUGUAGCAGCCUCUGUUGCAAGGAUUCUUUUCAAGUAAACAGAUUUGUGCUACAAAGCCCUGUACCAGUACUUUCUCGUGAGUUAGUGUAGUGUCCACAAGUCCAAAGCAGACAUGUUGGAAGAGAUUUUUUAUCUGAGGAACUCGGAAUAUUCGUAAAGCAAUAGCUUUGAUUCCAGGCAUUUAGAAGCAGAAAAAAUAAGACUCCAUGCAAACUGCACUUUGGA